AUGAUUGGCGCAUAUGGACAUGAAAGUGCAGGUUUAAAGGAAUUACUACAGAAAUAUGCUGCAGAAUUGAACGGUAAAUCAGGAAUCGUAAUUGGUACACAACACCCCUGGGUGGAAGUGAUGUUGCUGAACGUCGGAGUAAAUCAUGUGACAACCGUAGAUUACAAUACAAUUACCAUAGAGCACCCAAAUAUCUCUGUAAUAUCAGUGACUAACUUGGCAGAGAAAAAUCUGGAUGGGAGAUUCCAACCAGCAGACUUCGCCGUUUCUUUUUCCUCCAUUGAACACGCGGGCCUGGGGCGAUAUGGCGACCCUGUAAAUCCUUACGGGGACCUCGAAUCUGCAGCACAAACAUGGUGCAUGCUUAAACCUGGGGGUCUUUUCUUCCUGGGUGUUCCUGCCAACUUUGGGAAACGCAAGGGGAAAAUACGAUUUAAUGGAGAUCGCGUUUAUGGCGAGGCGAGACUGGAACAUCUUACGGCAAAUUUUCUGGAACUUGAACGUCGACCUUUUGGGUAUGAUGGUAUAAUUACUCUGAGGAAACCUUUAUCAGAUUGA